GGGGCUUGUGGGAGUUGUAGUGUUUUUUUUUUUCUCACGAGGCUGUUGGCUUGGCAACAACAGCAGGCGGAAGGGGGCGAAGAAGACGAAGAGGGCUCCGCUCGCUUUAAAUACUGUAUUACAAACGUGCUCGGUCUCGUCGUGGUAUAAUGCAGCCCUGCUAGCGCGGCAAGCAACCGCGGACCUGCCUGUUAAUGAAAUGUUUUAAAAAUAAUAUCCGCAAAAAAACCCACGCCAUUUAUUUCCCGCGCAACCCGGAAGUUACGCCGGCCCAGGCUGUUUUUGUAUUUGUUUUUUGACAGGCGCGGUGCAGUCUGUGUUGCUGUUGGUUCCGUCGCCCCACAGUCUGCAAUAACUACAGAGCGGAUCGGCACAUCAGCAGCAGAAUCACAGAUGGAACAGCCUGCCCAGUCCUACAUGCUUGCCAGCCUGACGCGACCGCACUCCGAACAGCUCCUGCAGGGCCUGCAGCUCCUCCGGCAGCACCGCGAGCUCUGUGACAUCGUGCUGCGCGUCGGCGAUGCCAAGAUCCACGCGCACAAGGUGGUGCUCGCCAGCAUCAGCCCCUACUUCAAAGCCAUGUUCACGGGCAACCUCUCGGAGAAGGAGAACUCGGAGGUGGAGUUUCAGUGCAUCGACGAGGCAGCCCUGCAGGCCAUCGUGGAGUACGCCUACACAGGGACUGUCUUCAUCUCCCAAGAGACUGUGGAGUCGCUGCUGCCGGCCGCCAACCUGCUGCAGGUCAAGCUGGUCCUCAAGGAGUGCUGUGCCUUCCUGGAGAGCCAGCUGGACGCCAGCAACUGCAUCGGCAUCUCGCGCUUCGCCGACACCUAUGGCUGCAACGACCUCUACCUGGCUGCCACCAAGUUCAUCUGCCAGCACUUCGAGGAGGUGUGCCGGACGGAGGAGUUCUUUGAGCUGACCCGGGCCGAGCUGGACGAGAUCCUCUCCAACGACUGCCUCAACGUGGUGACGGAGGAGACCGUCUUCUACGCCCUGGAGUCCUGGCUCAAGUACGACGUGCAGGAGCGGCAGCAGUACCUUGCCCAGCUGCUGCACUGCGUCAGGCUGCCCCUGCUCAGCGUCAAGUUCCUCACUCGGCUCUACGAGGCUAACCACCUGAUCCGGGACGACCACACCUGCAAGCACCUGCUCAACGAGGCGCUCAAGUACCAUUUCAUGCCCGAGCACAGGCUCUCCUACCAGACCGUCCUCUCCACCCGCCCCCGCUGCGCCCCUAAAGUGCUGUGCGCUGUCGGGGGCAAGGCUGGACUGUUCGCAACGCUGGAGAGCAUGGAGAUGUAUUUCCCCCAGACAGACUCGUGGAUCGGGCUGGCGCCGCUCAGCGUCCCCCGCUACGAGUUUGGGAUCGCAGUCCUGGACCAGAAGGUGUUCGUGCUGGGGGGGAUCGCCACGCACAUGCGGCAGGGCAUCAGCUACCGACGGCACGAGAGCACGGUGGAGAGCUGGGACCCCGAGACCAACACGUGGACGCUGGCGGAGCGCAUGACGGAGAGCCGCAGCACUCUGGGGGUGGUGGUGCUGGCCGGGGAGCUGUACGCCAUGGGCGGCUACGACGGGCAGUACUACCUGCAGUCCGUGGAGAAGUACAUCCCCAAGGUGAAGGAGUGGCACCCCGUGGCGCUCAUGAUGAAGUCCCGGAGCUGUUUCUCAGCGGCGGUGCUCGACGGGAUGAUCUACGCCAUCGGAGGGUACGGCCCUGCGCACAUGAACAGUGUGGAGCGGUACGACCCCAGCAAGGACUCCUGGGAGAUGGUGGCACCGAUGGCGGAUAAAAGAAUAAACUUUGGCGUGGGCGUCAUGCUGGGCUUUAUAUUCGUUGUGGGCGGGCACAAUGGGGUUUCUCACUUGUCCAGUAUCGAGAGGUACGAUCCCCAUCAGAAUCAGUGGACCGUGUGCAGGCCGAUGAACGAACCCAGAACAGGGGUGGGUGCUGCCAUCAUCGAUAACUACCUCUAUGUGGUGGGAGGACAUUCAGGGUCAUCGUACCUGAAUACUGUUCAGAGGUACGACCCAAUCACAGACAACUGGUUGGACUCCAGUGGCAUGAUGUACUGUCGCUGUAACUAUGGCCUGACUGCUCUGUGACAGUUUAUGUGACUGAUGUAUUAGUCGGGGUAAAAAGGGGUUAAAGGGGGUACAAGGGAAGAGGAGGAAUGUGGACGGGGUUUGUUGUGACAGAAAAACCCUGCAUGGCAAAAAACAAACAACAAAAAAACAAACAAGGAAAGCAAAGAAAACUUUUGAAGUGCCCGUGUGUUGCUGAGACCCGGGAGUGGCUUUGUGGAUUAAGGACUGAUCGGAUCAGAAAAGAAAAAGAAAAGGCGUGUGGCUGCUGCUGUCGGGUCCACACAUGCCCGUUCGUCUGCAGAGUUAGCAAGCAGGUGUAUUAGGGGAGCGCGAUUCGUACUUCUGUUUUUGAAUUCCUCUCUUGCUGCCGUUGUCUCUCCUACUGGUGAGUGCAAGGAGGAAAGGAGGAGGAGCCAACGGAGAGUAAACACAGAGUCAACCCUCGCCAGGGUUUUAUUGUAAUCUUCUGAUUACUUCAUAUAUACAGCUGUGUGUGGGUGUGUGUGUGUGUGUAUCUAUAUAUAUCUAUAUCUAUCUAUAUAUAUAUACACACACACACACAUUUAAUUAAAAAAAUCUGCAAAUACCCCCCACCUACUCGUUUUACAGAGAGGAAAGAAAGCGAGAAGGUGAGUCUGGGAUGGAGUGUGUGUGUUUUGCGUGUGCGUGUGGGUUUGGCUGGAAUCAGAAGCGUGGCUGUGCUUCUCUCGUGUCACGCUGAUGGGGUUUGAUUGCAUCAGUUGCUGUAUAUGACGAAACAAAACAGUGCUUCACACAAAAAAAAAACUUUUUACAAAUUGUUAACUUAAGGGCUGCCUUUUUUUUUUCUUGUAAAUAAUCAAAGAGAGAAACUUAUCGUGCGCUGCCUGUAAAUGUUUUACGUGUUCGGUUUCUAGGUAG